GCCCCCCGGAAAACAAGUUGUAAAAUUUUUUUUAUGUGUACUAUGUGGAAGAGACGUGGAGUUGUCCAAGUAUCAACCGACAUCUGACAAUGUGGCAAAUAAAUUAACAUUGACAACUCUUUUUUUUUUUCAACUUUAAAUAUUAUAAAAUAAAUGUUAAAUUAAAUUAAAUUAAAUUCAUUAAAAUAUCAUAAAUUGUGGACCAAAAUAUAGCAAAUAUAAUAAUUAUUUAUUUGUUUUAAUGUGUAAUGUGUUGUUAUUUAUCAAACUAUAAAAAUGAAUUUUUUGUUAAAUAUUAUUUCGGCACUUUUGUUAUUGACCAUAUGUAAACAGACAUUUGCAUGGGAUACUGAAGAAUUAGAAGUAUUUGAUGUUGUUGAAGAAGUUAACCAAAAUUUCUAUGAACUUCUUGGUGUACCACAAAAUGCAAACAGCAGUAGCAUCAGAAAGGCAUUUCGCCAAUUAUCUCUACAGCUGCAUCCAGACAAGAAUAGUGCUCCAGAUGCUGAUGUACAAUUUAGAAAUCUGGUGUCUGUUUAUGAUGUCUUGAAAGAUUCAGAGAAACGUAAACAUUAUGAUAAUGUCCUGAUAAAUGGACUACCAAAUUGGCGAUCAGCUGUAUAUUAUUAUCGUCAUGUACGAAAAAUGGGAUUAUUGGAAAUGAGUGUUAUAUUAUUUAUUGUUAUAACCAUUGGACAAUAUCUUGUUGGUUGGGCAGCUUAUUUUGAAAAACGUUACACAUAUGAACAAGUACUGGGAAGUAAGCUACAAAGAUUACAAAAAAAAAAUAGAAAAGGUAAAAUGGAAGUACCAGAUUUAGCUGAGAUACUUGAAAAAAUACCAACACCAAGUGUAUGGAAUACAUUGCCAUUUCAACUUCCAUGCUGGACAUUUUAUUCAAUAGUUGGUAUACCAUCAGCAAUAAGAGCAUUAAAAGAAUUGCUUGAAGAAAGAAAAAGAAGAAAAAAAGAAGAAGAAGAAGCAGCACUUGCUGAAGCUAAUGAAGAACUAGAACCAGAACCAGUACCACGUGGUCCAAGAAGAAGAAGACAAGGUUUUACACCACAAGAACAAAGUGUAAAUACAAUAAAUUCAUAUAAAAAAGAAUUACCAAGAUCAAAUAAUAAUACAAAUGAUAAAUUAAAAUUAACUGGUGGUCUAUGGACAGAUGAUGAUAUUUUAGAACUUAUUAAAUUAGUUAAAAAAUAUCCAGGUGGUACACCAGAUAGAUGGGAAAAAAUUGCUGAAACAAUGUCAAGAACAGUCAAUGAAGUAACACAUAUGGCUAAAAAAGUUAAAGAUGAAGGAUUAAAACCUGGUCCAGCAAAUGAAGAGGUUGUCAUUGAUGAACAGCCAAAAAAAAUUAAAACACGUGCUGAUACAAAUGAUACAUCUGAGUGGAGUCAAGAUCAACAGAAAUUACUUGAAGCUGCAUUACUUAAAUAUCCUAAAAAUACAAGUGGUGAUAGAUGGGAAAAAAUAUCACAUUUUGUUGAAGGAAAAACAAAGGAAGAAUGUCAAGUUCGAUAUCGUCACUUGGUUGAGCUUGUUAAAAAAAAACAAAAAGAACCACCUCAAUAACAAGUUGCCAAAUAACAACUAAAAAUUAAAUUUAAAAUGAAAAAAAAAAA